AUAUAUAUACACGCCUCCAUAAAAAUAGAGAUUUAUAUGUUGGAAGGGCGAUAGGGUCCAACUAUAUAUCCUGGGGGUGGUUCCAGGCCAACCAAGCAUGCCAGGGAGCAUCGAUGGAGCUAGCAUACCACGGCGCUUACCAGGGUACUUUGUCGGUCAGUCCCGGUUCAACCUCGACGAGGGAUUGGAUAUAAAGAUGCAAAAUUUAGAUUAAGCAUAACACAUACCAAAUACCAAAUACCAGUUAGCUGCCACAGCACCAAAGCCAUCUAGGAGGAUCUGACUCUGGGAAACCAACCAUGGCCAGAUUUGGAGUAAGUCUAUACGAUGGGAUGUAAAUAAAUAUGUUGAUGCUGCGGGUUGAUGCGACCCGUAUGAGACCUGGGCCAAGCCUCUCCUUGGGCCAAGCCGGCGUCAACCCCCAAGCAACUCACCGUCCCCCGUCCGGUCUCCAACUCGUCUCAACCUCCUCCUCACCUCACCUCACCUCACCUCUCUCCUCCUCUCCUGUCCUCCUCUGCUCACCAUCUCAUCAUCUUGCUGUCUCAUUCCCCCACUCCUGCCUGCCUGCAGUCGUCCUCUUCUUAUCUGCUCUAUCGAUUGUCUGCUUGAGCGGUGCUGUGUCUUGUAAUCUCCCUGGCUCUUCUGCUUGGUGUGAAGGUUACCCUACCCCCAACACCCUCACCACCAGCCUCGUACCAUAUCGUUGCCUCUCCAGAUUCCAUUUUCAUCAUCGUCACUAAAGGAGCUUCCAUCCUCCUAGCUAAUCAGCUCUGAUCCCUCGCCAAUUGGUUUUACCGUGUGGUCGCUGCUGUUUAUCGCUCCGCCGCAAUCUACACCUCCCGAAGUCCCCAACCACGAUCCCAGUCCAUAUACCCGAUAAAAGCUUUAAUCUCCUUUAUAUAAAAGGUUAUAGGAUAUUUGAAGCUGCGCCAUUAUAUCUCGUCGAAGAAAUAAAUAAAAAAGCCAUUAGAGAGCCCUUGUGUGUUUCUUUGGAUUGAAUCCUGUUGGACAGUGGGCUUCAUUCAUCUUUGUCAAGACUUUAACACCGUUGGCGCAGGACUUUGACCAGCUAGACCGCCUUUGACUUGAUCUUUAGGCUUUAUAUUUGGAAUUCGCUUUCGGUCUCUCAAUCCUUGUUACUUAACUCUUUUUUUUACAUUGACUUUCAUUCUCUGGAAGUUUCGACAAAAAUGGCCUCUGGACCAGCUACUCAGUCACUGAAGUGUGUUGUUACUGGCGACGGUGCUGUUGGCAAGACAUGUCUCCUUAUUUCCUACACCACAAAUGCCUUCCCCGGAGAGUAUAUUCCUACUGUGUUCGACAACUACUCCGCCAGUGUAAUGGUUGAUGGGAAGCCAAUCAGUCUUGGUCUUUGGGAUACUGCUGGACAGGAAGAUUACGACAGACUACGUCCUUUGUCAUAUCCACAGACCGAUGUUUUUCUUAUAUGCUUUUCUAUCGUCAGCCCGCCGUCUUUCGAUAACGUCAAAGCGAAGUGGCACCCGGAGAUCGAACAUCACGCGCCCAAUGUCCCCAUAAUUCUAGUAGGGACCAAACUGGAUCUGCGAGAGGACAAGGCUACUGCUGAAAGUCUUCGUGCGAAGAAGAUGGAACCAGUGUCUUAUGAACAAGCCCUCGCAGUUGCCAAAGAGAUCAAAGCACAAAAAUACCUCGAAUGUUCAGCCCUCACGCAGCGAAAUCUGAAGAGUGUCUUCGAUGAAGCUAUUCGUGCCGUGCUGAAUCCACGUCCUGUUGCGAAACCUAAAAAAUCCAAAUGCAAUCUCCUCUAAAUCUCUCGUGUGCCGGCAGAACCCAUCUGACUGCCUGAGAUUCAAAAAGAAGAACGAUAGAGAUGACACUAUGAUAUCCCCUGAGCAUGUUACUUUUCUUCAUUUUCAGCUAUUUUGCUUUUCUUCUCAACUGAAAGCGAAAUCCCCGGAAACUCAGCGAACAUUUCUUCGUAGCCUAUUUUUUUUUUCUGAGUUAUACGAAAUCAACUUAAUGAACUGGUUUUUCCUCUGAACUAUCCGGGAAGAACCACGACCUACUCGAAGAAUUUUCAAUAGAGGGGGAACGACCUAAUUCAAGAGCGGCAGUAAACCCUCAUCAUCUUGCAAUCACUAAUUGACCAACGAUUUCUUCCAGAUUCUCUGACCGUUAUUCCCACCCAUGUUGAGUCUAAUUCUAGCUUUUCGUCCUGAGUGUUCUCUCCGUUGCAGAUAAUUUUUGAUUUGGCGCUCGAGGCUAUGAUAUAGCCAACUUCUCCUGAAAUCUUAUGAGAUCUAUGCAAACUUGUGCGCCAUUUUGUGCUCUAUUACUUUCUUCAAAUUUUAAAAACCUGGAUCCCCAUCUUACCCUCUCGUACCCAUCUAUCUAUCCAAGAAAAGCUUCUUUUGCCGUCCCCUCUUUGGUUUCCUUUUCCCUCCAGUUUGAUUUACCCUUAGCUGUUAAAAAAUCGAAUUGUUACGAUCUGAUGAAGUUUGCCCUCCACCCGCAGAUUACUUGCUCUGGCGUUCUAAUUUCCCACUUCGUUUCCUUUCUUUCUCUUGUUUUGCUUAGGUCUGUCGUCAUUUUAACGCUUUAUCUAUUUCCCCCCCUCCCCCCUCCCCCUUCUUUCUUUUACCUGCCGCUUGGAAGGUGGAUUUGGAUUGAUUAGUUUUGUCAUCUUUCUAUUUUCGACCGCACAUUGUUUUUUAUUUCUUUCUCCUUUUCCGCCCGUCGUGGUUGUCACCCGCGCCAACAUCUCCGCUGCCACUUAUCGCUUUCACCUAAUAUAACUUCCUCCGCAAAAUCUUGUUCAUGAUCUGUCACUUGGCUCUGCUCAUAUUCCUCUAGAUAAUUUGUAAACGAAUUACGACGCGCUUUGGUAACGGCGCAUGGGGGAGGGAAAGCAGUGAUGGCCAAGCUACAACAUUGCCCCGUUCGUUUCAUCCCCCUGCUCUUCUUAACUCAUCUCCUUCCCCCUUUUUUUGUCUUGCAACUCUUCUUGUCAUCAUAUUUUCCCACUAAACAUGGUGAUAAUGUGUUUUGAAAAAACCUUUUUCCCUGUUCUCUCUUCCCUCUCUGUAUACUUUACGCUACCCGUACACCGUUUCCCUCCCCGUCGCCUUCUGCCCUCUGGCCCCCUAAAGAAAGGAACUGGAAGUACAAAAUUAUCGUGCUCUCCAUGCAACCACACAUUGAUACCUGCUAUAUCCACCCCCACCCCACCCAAGCAGGAAAACCCCCAAAUGCCAUUCCCCCACCUAGCAAUGCACCUUACACGCCAAACAGGACACGUCGUCGCAUCUUAGCAUCGUUCCCCCUAUCCCCUAAAUCAAUGUGCGUGUAGAUUGUUUCCCGCACUAAGCUUUGCACCAACCGUACCAUGCCAUUUGUAGUUCCCCUUGAUCAUGAGAUGCGGUGUACCUGUGCACUCAAAGCAGUUGGUAGAAUGCUCCAGUCCGGUUCUGAGGGGUAUACGUGUGCUAUUCAAUAGGAAUGGCGGACUUGGGACGACUGAGAACGUACGGACAUUAUCUGAAUACUGCCACAGAUAUGUGUUCAGGGAUAUGGAGGGUUACUAUGGUAAAAUAUCCAGGGUGAGAACGCUUUAAAUGGUACCACUCGAGCUGGUUGUUCCGUUGGACUCUUAUGACAAAAAUGGCCAUGAUCAUAGCUGCUGGGGGGAUUUGCGACUGAAGCUUGUACAUGUACAUGGAGCGAUAUUUGAUAUUCUUUGAGGACUUGGAUGUAGUUAGGAAAGAUGCAUAGAGCAUGUAGAGUACAUGUACGUCCUGGCGUCUGGGAUCUUCUCCUAAAGAAGUCACAUGUAUAGGAGCUCAGAGGGCCCUCUCCAAUCCCCCCUUUGGCCGAAAUAUUGUGUAGAUUGUUGGUGUAUGGGUGCUUGUCAAGGUACGGAUCGGGGUAGGUACAGCAGAUAGAGGUCACUAUUCGACAGCUACACCAACCUGAUCACCAUCAUACGAAGCCAGACCAGCCCCCGUGCGCCGCUAUGUCGCCGGAGGCAUGGCGGUGCAUGUACUCCGUAUAGCGUGUUUCAUGACUUAUAGAUUAGCGGGGUGCAUGAAUCAGUUGCUAGGGGUCCCAGGUUGGUUCAGUCUCUCUACCUACCAUCAGUGCCCACUGGUGGUGAUUGAGCUCUGUUGCCCUAGUGGCCUAAAAUAAGUAAGAU